CUAAUUGUACAUGAUAAUCUAGUGAAAGAGUUUAUUCUAAUGUGUCAAUCGAAAGGGUUAUGUGUAAGCACUAAAUUAGUUCUGGAAGUAGCAAAGGAAAAGGCGAUCGAACUUGGAAGAGACUUAAAGUGUAGUAAUGGUUGGUUCGAAAAAUUCAAAAAAAGAACAAAUUUAAGACUCGGAAAAAUUCAUGGAGAAAGUAAAUGUGUUGACAAAAGAAAAGUCGACGAAUGGAAAUGUGAAGUGAUACCUCGAUUAGUACUUGAGUGGCAAUCUGAAUUUAUUUACAACUGUGAUGAAACUGGUCUUUUCUGGCGACAAAUUCCUAACAGAACUUAUUUCUUCAGCAAACAUGAACACGGAGGAGAUAAAAUAUUCAAUGAGAGAGUUUCCAUCUUAUUCUGUGUUAAUAUGAAAGGAGAUAAAGAGAUACCUUUAGUUAUCGGCCGUUCAAAAAAACCAAGGUGUUCAUAUGGUGGUUGGUUAGAUGAUGUUAAUGUUAUUUAUCGAUCUCAAGAAAAUUCAUGGAUGAAUACGAGUCUAUUUGAUGAAUGGCUAACAAAUUGGAACCAAAGACUAAUCAAUCAGGGGAAAAAAAUUCUUUUAUUAUUAGAUAAUUUCUCUGGACACAAAGUUGAUUUUUCCAAGUUUGAAAACAUAACAUUCAAGUUUCUACCAUCGAACACAACUAGUUUCACUCAACCUCUUGAUAGUGGAAUAAUCCAUUCAUUUAAGGCUAAAUAUCUUAACCUCAUGAUAAAAAGAUUCAUUUCUGAAAUUAACAUGGGGAAAUUAAGUGAAAUCAUGAAGAAUCUAACAUUACUUGAUGCGCUUAAUUGGAUUGAUAUCGCUUGGAAAGAAAUCACUAGUCAAACUGUUACUAAUUGUUGGUCACAUUCAGGUUACGUCAAUUUAGAUAUCACACCGGAAAUGAUACAUGAUUAUGAAAUUGAAUUAGAAAAUACUCUCAAUGAAUUUGCAAAUGUUUCUUCCGGAAGUUGUUCCUCGAAAGAUUUACUUUCACAAGUUACUUUUGAUUAUGAAAAUUUCUUUGAUUAA